ACGUACUUACUGCGGAACGUUAUAAAGGCGGAGCGGGUUUCUGGCAAAGCAUAUCAGAAGAGCACGUAACGAUUUGUACACGCAAGGUCGUGUCCCCCGCGCCGGUUUGGACGUAUCUGUUUGGGCAAAGAUGAUGUCCAUAGCUGCUCGUUCCGGGGCUAUUACCCCCUAUAUGCAGGCGACAAAACAAACAGUUAAAAGCCUGGUGUCCCCGGGAGCAAAGACCUUGGUGCCUGUUACCGCUCCAGGAGGGAUCCGCCUCGCCCACACAGAUGUCAAGAUUCCUGACUUCACAGACUACCGCCGCCCCGAGGUUACAGACCCCAACAAGUCCUCCCAGGAGAGCAGUGAGGGAAGAAGGACCUUCUCCUACCUUGUCACUGGAGCCUCCACCAUCAUUGGCGUGUAUGCAGCCAAGACCGUGGUCAGCCAGUUCGUCUCCUCGAUGAGUGCAUCUGCAGAUGUCCUGGCCUUGUCCAAGAUUGAAGUUAAGCUUGGUGACAUCCCCGAAGGCAAGAACAUGACUUUCAAGUGGAGAGGAAAGCCCCUAUUUGUCCGUCACCGCACAGAGAAGGAAAUCGCCGCAGAGGAGGCUGUGAACAUCGCAGAGCUGCGUGACCCCCAGCACGACAAGGACAGAGUGCAGAACCCCAAAUGGAUCAUCGUCCUCGGUGUGUGCACGCAUCUGGGUUGUGUCCCCAUCGCUAACGCAGGAGAGUACGGAGGCUACUACUGUCCUUGCCAUGGCUCCCACUACGAUGCGUCUGGAAGAAUAAGAAAAGGACCCGCUCCUCUUAAUCUGGAAGUUCCCUACUAUGAAUUCCCUGAAGAGGACACAGUGGUGGUGGGAUAAGUACUGGAGCUCUGUCCCGAGUUCCUCUGUAAUAUGUAUUUUUGGAUGCUUUUAAGAGGUAGGGGCAAAAUCAUGUGUAUUUACUAAUAAAGACAUAUUUCCAAACUCUA